UGUUUACAAGAAAAGCGGUAAAGUUAAGUGCAGUUGAUUUUUAUCAUUUCCUGAUGAUCAAUAUAAUUUCAAGAGGUCCCCUUGAUAAUUUUGUAUAAAUCUUGCAUUAGAACAUUAUAUUUUUAUUUACCAUCUCGGACGUAUUUACUGCAACGAGAGGUAAAUUCAAGUAAAAUGUCAACCGCAUUUUAUUUCGCCGUACUCGUCGGGGUCGGUCUCAUGUCAACCCGUUACGUCACGUGCUUCACGAAUAAGGACUUCCUGUAUUUGGCUAUUGCAAAUGGGGCGGAAAUUGAAUCAGAUGACGCCUCAUACAACGCCACGCAGAACGAUGAUGACGUCAUAGAUCUUCCAGGUGAAUGGAAUGACGAUCUUGAUGUUGCUUACCUGAUCGCAAAGCUGGGAGAGAGAUCCAAUAAUGAUGAAACAGACAUUGAUCUGACUAACGUGGGGGACAUCGGUUCAGGAUGCAGUUGCCGCAGAUAUUCGUGUGGUUGCUGUGUUGGAAAGAGUUUCAGAGUCAAAAUCUGGCGCAAACGAAUCAGGUUCUCGUUUAAAGGUUGCAUCACUUUGACGUAUUUACCAAGACACACCGGCUUCCGGUUGACCAUAACCUUCAACGGGCGGCGAGUCUUCAAACGCGAAAUCUCGCUGCGUCACCCACCAAGGCUCUGCUACGGUGUCCCCGGUCUUCGAUGGGCCGCAAAAGUCUGCCUCGAGUUGUACAACAUCAACCUCGCCCAAAGACAAGUAUGCGCGCGACUGGUGGGACGCAUUAAUUUGAGGAUCAAGAAAUUUCGCCUCCGUCUCAAACUGGGAUGUUUCCGUAUUCCGAUCCUUUCCGAAGCGAUGUUAGCAAAAAUCACCGAUGACGACCGAAUGGAUUUCGGGCCCAUGCCGAAAGGUUUGGAAGCGAUGACGGCGGACAUUGCCGAUGAUGAACGCUUGACAUUUGAUCCCGUCAAAGGAGGAAACUUCAUUGACGAGGACGAACGUUCGGAAAUGACGCCGCUCUCAGAAUCGAAGAAGUUUCUGAGUAGUCUCAAAAACGUCAUGGUUGACGUUGAAAGCGUGGAAAAGGAAGGCCUUGAAAAUGACGUCAGCUACUAAUGACGAACAGUACCAUUAUAUGGACUUUUUUGCAACAUGCAUGUUUUUAAGUUAUCUCAAUAAUAUCAUCAACUUCCAACGGCCAAUUCUAUGCUGUUCUUAGCAUAGAUAUUGCCAUGAUAUCAAUAUAUAUUCACUUGAUAUUUAAUCUUGCAACUAAAGUGUCUCAAAAGGAAUAAACGGUAAAGAUUUCAAACCGGCUAAAACAACUAAUUCUCCACAUGCUAGCCGUUCAAAAUCAGUCAUACAACUCGAGUUCAUUUUCUUGAUGUUAAGUGUUAUAAAGUUUGAAGUCGUGUCCUGUUUUGCAUUGGAUAUCGGUCACUUGCCUGAGAUCCAAAUCAAAUAUCGAAUGGUUUCUUGUUUAAUGCCUUUGGGAUUUUAUGACGUUUUCGGCCUUUAAGCUCACUUGUUUAAGAAUAUCACAUCAUCUGCUGAUUUCUUAUUCUUGCAAAAACAGUAAAAAAAGUCAGAAAAACUAAGAUUUUAAAAUAAAACGAUCAGUACUUUUGUCUUAUAUAAGUAUAUUACCUUCUUUUUUGUGUGUGUUCGCUUUUAAUUAAAAAAUGUUUAAUGUAAUCAUUUCAUAAAUAAAAUUCUUUCUCUA